UUUCGGUUGAAUCCUACCAAAUGCGCAAUGAAGUAAGUACUUAUAAAUUGUAAAUAAAUGUUACCCACCUGCUCGACUACCUCUACGUCUGCAUAUACCUCUUCUACUGCUCCUGCGAUGGUAUUAAAAUGCAAUUCGUGCUUGUACAAGAUGUAGAAGUUGCAGAAUGAUUAGCAUUUACGUCCAUGUUAGCAUUAGAUAAGCGAAGCAACCAUUUAUCCAUUGUAUUGUUAUAUUUAAACCUUUGCCUUGAGCUUAACGGUUACCUGCCCAACUACUAUAAAUCCUUUAUAUUAAAUAGUUUUAGCCAGUGUAAGCUAACCUUCAAAAUAUGGGUAAACUUGAAAACAAACGUACAGGUACAACUGUACAAGAACUACUAGAACAUGAUGAACUCGAACACCUUUCACUUUGAGGUUAUUCGCAAAAAUCACGAAGUGGGCGACAUCUGUGGAAUGUUUUGUAUAACACGAUAGUGGUGAACAAUAUAUAUUCUCCCAUAUUGUUGUAUUGUAAACGACGUGCUCGUUUAGGUAAUUUAUGAGUUUAGAGUGAAUUAGUUUAUUACGCAAAUAGUCCAUAAACGUUUCCAUAUAACAUUGAGUGGAUAUAUUAUCUGGAUAAUUGUAGUUUCGUAAAUAUUAAAUAUGCAAAACGUGCACAAAACUGAGGGUAUAAAAUCUCGAAGAAUAUGUAGUGUGCCCAAGUGUUCAACUUAUCGCACAAGUGAUGUUUCUUUACACAGAUUUCCAAAUAAUUGGAAAGAUUGUCAACGUUGGAAAAUUAUACUGCGAAUAGGAAAACCAAUAACUAAGGAAAUGUUUGUGUGUAGUAAACACUUUAAAUUAGAAGACUUUAUGCCAGUUACUUCUAUCAGUGUUAGAAAGCGAUUGAAAAAGGGUGUUGUACCUCAAAACAUUCCAAUUAGACCACAUGAUAGAGUAAAAAAGCUAGUACAUCGAAGUAAUAGGACAAUGCUAUCACAAUUGGAAGCACCAGAACAUGGUGAAAAUGUUUCAUCACCAGAUGUUUCAACACGGGAUUUUGGAGCCUCAUCUCAUGCGAACCUCACUUUAGAAAGUGAUAUGGAACGAGAAGUACCUCAAUCCUCUACACAGAUCUAUGAGACCCAAGAUGUUACCCCAGUUACUCAAGAAUCAUUAUUUUCUCUUUCAAAAGGUAUACAGGUCGAUCCUCCUCCAUUUAAGUUAAGUCAACUUUUGAAUAAUGAUGAACAAUUACUUCACUUUACUGGUAUCAAUUCAAUGGAUUUAAAUGCAUAUGUAAAGUGCUUGCAAAACUGUUGUCAAGAAAACAGUGAAUACUUGCGAAAUAAUGUAGUGCUAGUGAUGUGUAAGCUCAAAACAAAUUUAUCUUUUGUUUGUUUAGCUGUUCUUUUUGGAAUGAACAUUAGUAGUUGUAAAAGAGCAUUUUAUAAAUAUUUAUCGUUUUUGGCAGCAAGUAUUAAACCAGCAAUUUAUUGGCCAACUAAAGAUGAAAUACGUAAAAAUUUACCCUUGUGUUUUAAGGAUUUUAAAGCUACCCGUUUAGUGUUGGAUGCCACAGAAAUUAAAAUACAAAAAUUAAAUUGUUUAAAGUGUAGAGUUUUGAGCUAUUCGCACUAUAAGGGUUGCCAUACCAUGAAAUUUUUGAUAGGCAUUACACCAUCAGGGCUUAUUUCAUAUGUUAGCAAAGCAUAUGGUGGUCGUAGCAGUGAUAGGGCUAUUUUCUGUAAUGAAAAUGUUGUUAAUAAAUUAGAUCCAUACGAUGCAGUAAUGGUCGAUAAAGGCAUACUCAUAGAAAAAGAUUGUGAAGAAAAUCUGAUUACAUUGAUUCGUCCUCCGUUUUUAAGAAAAAAUACACAAUUGUCUAAAGUAGAAGCAUUGACAACUGCAAAUAUCGCAAGAGCAAGGGUACAUGUAGAACGUGCUAUCCAACGCUUGAAACUUUUCUCAGUUUUAAAUAAUCAAAUUGAUUGGUAUUUGAUUCCAUACAUGGAUGACAUUAUGACAGUUAUUGCAGCAACUGUUAAUAUGUCUUCUCCUAUACUAGCGGAAGACAAAUUCUAG